AUGCUGUCACCUGAGUCGCACACUCGAGGUCAGACGUCGUUUCACUAUGUGACACACCACUGGACGCCAGGAAGACUGGGACGUCUGCCGCAGUCGGCACUGCUUCCACUACACAACAACAACGGAAACCACGCGCAGAGUCAUCGUCGAACUUACACUCGUGAGGAACGUCGUCCUAUCCAGAAAGUCACGGCCAACUCGACGACGACGACGACGUCGCCUCUUUCGAGGUGGAUUGUCCACACACAAAAAAAGAAAGGCCAGCGCCUCUCCAGCGAGUCAGCAGCACGCGUCCCUUCCAUCUAA